CGUGACCCUCGAGGCUGAUAUCAAUGGAACUCGAGUCAUCAGUGAAACUUCUGUGAUAUCUUGUACACAAAUGAUCUCACUUUGUGCGGCUUCAACCGAUCUGAGCGCCUAGGAGUUUUCCUUAUCAGCGGCCAAAUUUCACCAUCAGUGCUCUUCUCUCAUCCCAUUGAUCCCAUCAACAUGGCUCAAUACUCAACAGCGAAACGUCUUUCAACAGAUCAAUCAAGUCUGGGCUAUAUAGUCAAUCAUGUGUUUCUUCCUCUCAAGCUGCCGCAAGGGAGUGACCAUUCCCUUGAUAACGACCUUGCUUUAUCUCAGGCAGUAUUUGAUGCUGCUCUCGCCUUUAGUGACCAGCUGCCGUCCAAUGAGUUUCUGCUUUGGACGAGCACCUUGAAAAUGCUUCGCAAUCUCAAAGAUUCAAUCAGAUUUAACGUGAUGUCUGCAAAGGAAAUUGAAUCUCAGAUCAAUGCUAUGGACAACAAAGAUGUCCUUGUGUAUAUGAUUCGGGCGCAAAACGCUGCGGUGGUCAUGAGAAGGCUCGAAUCCGAGACCAUAUUCGAAUCAUUCGAGGUCUCUCCUGACCCCACCGCAGUGAUGGGCGCAAAGGGAAAGCUGAUCUGUUCAUAUCCUGGACCUGCUAUCGCAGUCCCAGAUACGAUUACCAAUGAUGCUACCUUUUCUGCUGAGCUGGCGAAUUUUCUCGUCCACAUGGAUCAAGAUGUCCUUGACGCGGCGCCAACGAGGAAAAAAGCCAGAUCCACUGUUGUCGAAGAGAGGGACACAACACAUCCUCGUUACAUCACAGAACUCCUGACCGGUAUACUGCGUGGCCUCGGGAGCAUUGCUGAUGUUCCCCGCAUCCGCAAGCGCAUCGGAGAUGAUGUGCUGUGGGACAGCGCGAAAUUGCCGUGGAGGCGGUCUCCACUUUGGCUUGUCAUUCGCGUUGCCUUACAGACGACUCUGGAGCGCAGUGCUCUCGGACGAACGACAUAUAAAUCGUUCAUGUUGUUCUUCAUGGCGAGGCUCACGACCCUCGUCGUUGAACAUGGCUUUUCAAACGACAUCUUACAUUUCACGUCAACAAAGAUUGCACGCCGUCUUUUCAAGCUUGGAUCCUCAGCUUCUCCGGAGUUAUCGCAGAUAGCCAGCAUUGUCACCAGGGAUGUAAGGAGUCUCAUGGAGGAAAGAUGGACAUCAGUUCAAUACGCGCAGCGGGCCUCGCCUCCUUGGGCCCCCCAGAACCUCCGGGUCUUGCGAGACACCCAUCUUUCCUUGAACACAAGCCGAGAGUACAUACACCAAGCUUUACAGAACCAGCAUUCGUCCCCUAAACCACCCCCAUUCAACCCCAGCCAUCACGUGCGCGGGUCAAUCGACGAUUUCCUUGACGCUGAUGCGAGCUUCCUGAUAGCCGCUCAUGAUGCAGAACCGUCUCUUGCCCUCGCAGACUUCGAGACUGCCAUUGGGUCAGGGAUUGACGACUGGGUAGCAUGUGUGUCUUAUCAGAACAUCGAUGCCAAAUGCGUCUCGAUUGAGGCGUGCGCUUCUGCGUACUCCUCGAAAGCGUUGAAGGCUUACAGUGGAAACCCAGAGAAUUUGUCGAUCAUGCUUCUCACACUUUUCGAGCUCUGGGUGGCCAUCGAUAAGCUCGCUGUUCGCCAAAUCCCACUCCUGGCAGAAUACUCCCCUGAAAUUCCAUUGGUCCUCUGGGAGUGUCUUUUAAUCCGCAAAGCUUCUACCCUUGAUCGUUACAAGAAAUUGCACACCUACCUGAAAGCUCGUCACUGCCAGGCUUCCAGCUGUCUGUCGGCGUUCUCGUUUACCAACGAUAGCAAGUCGUUCGCGGCGCGAUAUUUUUGCCGGUCACCAAAGCUGCAGAGUUUGAAGGCUCGCAUCGAAGCAGAUGGUCAGAAACAGCGGACCAAGAAGUUGACUGAGCUUCGGACCCUCAACAAGAGGUACAGUGACUUGGAGAAGCGCGAAGCACGCUUAUCGCACGAAUACGGUGUUAACUCCCGCGGCUGGGAAUACCACAAGAAACACCAAUGUCAAUUAUGUCGCGUGGAGAAGGAGAUGCGAUCCAUUACGAUUGCAGUUCACGAGUGGCCGCUACCAGAGCGUGAACAGGAGGCGAUCUUAGUCGUAUUUGAGCUAGCGUGCCCAAUUGCGUUCGACAUGUGGAGAUGUAUGACAUUCCAUAUCUUCGUUGAUAUCUGCGCUCCAGAAAAGACACCGCGCACCCACCCCUUCAUGACACUGCCGAAAUAUGAUGCCUUGCAGCAAUAUCGCACGUGUCAUUCAAGACAGAGGCUGACUUUGGCGUCGGAUGCCAAACCCUUUACCAAAUGUCAUUAUAGUAACACUCGCAUUCCCACGGAGGAUGUUGACAGCGUCUGCGUUAACAAUGGACUCAAAUUUCGGCCUUUCGAUACAAUCACAGGUGCAUGGGCGGCAGACGUGCUGCUGCGUUGCAAUGCUAGCAAGCUCUGCACUUUCCUCCUUCCCAAGGGACCAUACAAUGCUUUGCAGUCGUACGUUGCAGGAACAUCGCAUACAUCAAACGAGGUCAUAGCCAAUCAGGCAGAUUGUCACAAGGACAUGACUAUCCACGAGUUCCUCGCAUUCGGAGCCUUGCGGAGUGGACCCCAUCUACAGUGGAUGAAUGUGCUACGAGAGCUCCGAGCGAGGACACUCAAUUUUCGACGUGAGGAAGUCCAUAUACUGUUAGCGCAAACUGUCUCACAGGUCGGCCCAUUUUCGUCCGACGACGACCUUGUUUGGCACGAGGAGCUGAGAAGCGUGCCCUUCCUGAGUACAUUACUUGGAGAGCUGGAGGAUUUGAUGGCGAGCGUUGAAAGAAAUUGGCUGGAAUGUGUCACGAUCAGCACCAUCAUCAUGCUCGUGUGCCAUGUCUUGUCCUCGACCCAGGAAGAAAGCAUCAAAAGUCGCGGAUAUUCACUCCUUCGAAGAAUACGAACUGCGACAUUUAUGUUGCUGACGCAGCUAUCAGGGAAAAUGCAAGCUAGCAAUGACGAGACGGUCAGCCGAGAACUACAAGGGCGCGUUCGCGAUAUGGCAGUCACCUGUCGAAGCACCUUCGAUGUCGACGGAGAUACUUCACUGCUCCUGACGUCGAACGAUGACAUCAAGAUAUUUGCAUACUGUGCGGUCAUGGUCUAUGACAACACUCCAAGCCAACUGUGCGAUCUUCCCCAACAUUCUAAGCUACUGCUGGAGCGGGACAUGAGAUGCUGUCACACAUUAGAACCCGCUAUUCGUCAAUACGCAGAGUUGCACAAGGAGGGUCUUGAUUGCGCUAUGGCAGUGAUAUGGGGCAGCUACCGACCAGGAACUCCUUGGAGGGCACUGCCGGCUCCGAAUUCUCGCUGGCUUGUGGCGCAGACUGCACCUUCAAGUUCGCAAUCACCACAAGACGUGCAUUUCAAUUUGAUAAGUGGAUGCUUGCUUGUCGGCGGGACGCAGCUGGGUAGGCUCCCUUCAAAGAUUGUGCAACAUCCCACGUACCGAUCGAUUUUCGGCGAUCAAAUUCUUGACAUUGUUCCAGCUGAUAUUCCUGGAAUGGAGUACGCGACGCGCGGAAAUCUCUGUGACCAUCAGGUGUCUUUCGCUCUCCGUGACUCAAACGAUCUCAUCAUCCGUGCAAAGCAUAUUGAACGGGACUCACCUGUCCUCCAGCUCAUUCCGAGCCACAAGUUUGUGGAUGACCUACCGACAACCUUGAUAGCGGGCCAUACUCAUUGGCUCAAUCUAUGCACAAGUGAGAUUGAGAUUCGCCCAACAGAAAAUGCAUGGAAGUUUUCGCCUGGAAAUUGGGUCUUGCAAUUUGCUGUUUUAGGCUCUUCGACGGCGCAGAAUGCCAGCGGUGCUACCCUUAUUGACAUACGCAGCCAAACAUGGGACAUGAUCUCGAAGAAGAUGCGUCCUCUGGAGGAUGCACGCCUCAUGAUGGUCACAUGCAACAUAGCAUCCGGUAGUACUCCCUUGUUGAAAGUUGAUUUACCUCGAUAUGGCCUCGAAUUCUUCAUCGACGAGGAUAGAGAACUGCAGUCCCGUAACAUGCGCAACAUGGUCGUCGACGCCAUUCAGUCUACUGGCACGAUGUUGGGACUACAAAACCAGCUCGUCUUGCGUCCGAAGUCAAAAAUUGCAGAUGAGCAUCCGCGCACCGUUAUCAUCCCAGAUGGUCGUAUCUCAUACUCCGCUAAUGGUCAUCACGUCGAGGUUACCAUCGCUCCUGAAGGCUCCCGAGUGAUGUUCCACGUGUACAGGGUUGAUACAGAUCUACGCUGUCUCACUGGGAACGUGGGUCUGACAAGUAAACUUUAUCAGGCACUCCUCCAUGCUGUGACCAGCGGGUGUCUCCCUGAUCCGUUAACGCGUCGAACAGGGACAGAGGAGGCGUUGCAUCUCUUGCACUCUGCAGCUUGCCGGUCUUUCAUGAAGCUCCGCCCUCGCGACACAGAUCUUUUGCGCGAGAUCAGUUCGUUGUCAACUAGGCGUGUCUGGUAUCCCACUCAUCUUCAGAAGAUGCAGACAGUUUCGUGGUCGUGCCUUUCUCCCCUCGCGCAGCACCAUGGUUUUCAUCCAGCUGCGAAAUCUAUCAUGGACUACGGCAUGCAGCUUUCGACUUUCUCAGAAGGGUCUUCCAACCUUCGUUCCACCUGCGAGCUUCCGCCAUUCACCUACCACCUUCUCGAACGUGCGUCCGUUCGUGCCUCGGCGGUCUAUCCCGACCAAUUCUCUCUUCCACUUUCGCUCGGUGACAUUGAUGUCAUCUAUGCUUCACGUGAUGUUCCGGACAAAUUUGCGGAGGAGAGGGCAUUCAAAACCGCCUUCAUGGUGCUUCAGUGGCCAAGCAGACUUCCAGUGCAGCGGAAUCUUCUUAGUUUAUUGACUCAGUGGGGAGAUGUCCAGGGCAUAAGCGAGUCACUUAGCUUGCGAUACUCCAAAGACUGGCUUCAGCCUACGUUUCCCAGCAUCUUACUUUCUGCGUACGACCGCUGUCGGAGGGCCUCAAAGAAAGACACAUUUCAGCUUGUGUUCACCCUGGCUUCGGUGUCAUACAGCUUGUUGGAGGACCAUUCACUCGUCGCAACACUCCUAGCCUUCGUCACAAUUCCCGAAAUUCGCAGCCUGGCAGGCCCACCAAAGUUCGCCGAGUCUUAUGAUCUCUCGGAUGGUUUCAUGCUGUCCGAUAAGAUAUUGAACAAUAUCAUCAGUUCGUGCUCCAUAGAUUACGAAGCCAGCCAGGAGAGAUACCUAGCUGCAAUGCUUGGGGAAGAUGAAAAAGCUCUUGGGCAGCGUCGUUUUUCAGCUUUCGAAGAGGAGUGCGAUUCUCAAAAACAAGUCAUUCUCAGCAAAGUUCGGGAUGCUUGGCCGUGCGAAGAUCCUCCGGCACUAAAGAAGCGGCAAGCGAAGUGUUACAAUCUCAAUGAACUGUCGGCGAAACUUUCCCCUGUAUUUCGCAGCUGUUGGCGAAACCGUUGUCUCAAGCUCCAUCUGGAUGUCCUGCAGGGGACCCUCAACCGGUUUUACACUCCCAAUCCUCCUUCGAAAUUACCCUCUCGAUACAAUCUUGAUUCCCACCCCGAAGACUUGUCCGUUGCAUCUCCGGCCUCGUCCGUUGAUGCCCAGUACCUGUUCGAUAGUAGAGAUCCGCCUGUGAUAAACAUGUCCGGGUCUUCCCAGGUUCUGCCCGAUUCCAAUCGGAGAGAGCUACCUCCAGACUACCGAGUCACAGCGAGGUUGCAACAGCUGAUCAACGACUUUCGCGCCCGAGGAAAUGACAAGUUUCGCUGCAAAUACGCCGAUGAUCUGGGGAAGAGCAGGAAAAUCUACUGCGAAGAAAAUAUUGUCGCCCAACCAGAUUCUGCGCCGUACACGAUGGAAGUACUACUUGAGUACCAUUAUCUUCAUAUCUCGAAAUUUCAAGAUUCACUUGCGACUAUCAUGCACGCCCUCUCCCCUGCUUCUGCUGCCGAGCACACGUUAUACAACGCUGGAUUAUGGCCCCGAGUUUCACCGAACUUCCUCUUCACUCGCAUGGGGUCUGCAGCAGGAUAUUCUUUGAGGAAGGCUUGGCGUACGACUCUUGUCCACCUGUCGCAGAUUCUUUUGCAAUUGCAACACUCGCGAAGACUGUUGGUCUUUGCCGCAAACAAAAACUGGGUCGAGUUUUUCAAGGAAUUGGAGAGCGAAGAAUGUGAGGGGUUCGAUCCAGAGCUGUACCCUGACUGGCUUCUAAUACAGAUUGAAAGUCAGUUCUUGGCACGGCCUGUCCAGGUCAAGGUUGCGCGGGAGAUGAUGUCGCCAUCCACAGGACGAAAUACUUCUCUCCAGCUGAACAUGGGCGAAGGCAAAUCCUACGUGAUUGUUCCCCUCGCAGCAGCCGCACUUUCUGAUGGCCACAAACUGGUUCGAGUCAUUGUGCUGAAGUCAUUGUCUGCGCAAAUGUUCCAGCUUCUGGUUGAACGUCUAAGCGGCCUUGCGCAGAGGCGCAUUUUCUACAUUCCAUUCUCACGCGCACUCUCCAUCAACUCAUCGAAGGUGAAAAUAUAUCGUGACCUGAUGCAAGAAUGCAUGGACACCAAGGGCAUUUUGGUCGUGCAACCGGACCAUAUUCUAUCAUUUCAAUUGAUGGUUAUUGACCGUCAGCUGUCCCUUGAGACUGAAGCUGCUGAAGAUAUGUUGAGGACUCAGCUGUGGCUCGACAGUCACACACGCGACAUCCUGGAUGAAAGCGAUGAAAUUCUGCACGUCCGCUAUCAGCUGGUGUACACUGUCGGUCUCCAAAGGUCGCUUCAAGGACAUCCCGAAAGGUGGACAACGACGCAACAAGUGUUGGGUCUUGUCGCAAAGCAUACCACCAGGUUCAUGAACGAAUUUCCCUCUUACUACUCAGAAGUAUCUACUCGUGAACAUGGAAUGUUCCCCUUCGUUCGAGUUCUCCACCCGACAGCAGGCGAAGCAUUGGUUCAAUGGAUCGCGGAGGAUGUCAUCAGCGGGGCGCUUGAAAACAUCAGCUUCGACCAAGCAUCUUUCCGCGUGAAGCAGGCCGUCCUCAAGUUCAUCGCGAUUGAGAAGAUAUCCAACACUUGCAUCAGCUUAGUGGAGAAGCGCUAUAGACACACCACCGUCUGGCCCGGCCUCUUGGUUCUGCGUGGAUUGCUGGCAUGUGGUAUAUUGGUGUACGCCCUCAAAGAACGUCGCUGGCGCGUGGACUAUGGCCUCGCUCCAAAGCGAACUAUGUUAGCCGUUCCCUUCCGUGCCAAAGAUAUGCCCUCGCUGCGGGCAGAGUUUGGCCAUCCAGACGUUGCUGUCACUCUUACGUGCCUGUCAUACUAUUAUGGCGGUCUCACGCUCCAGCAGCUGAUGUUGUGCUUUGAGCUCCUGUUGAAGCAGGAUAAUCCCGCCCUCGAAUAUGAAUCAUGGGUGCUUGGACUUCAGUCCGUCCCAAAAAGUCUGCGUCACCUUAGCGGAAUUAAUACGGAAUCCGCAGAGGAGCUCCGUGACCUUCAGCAACUGUUCGAAUUCAACAAGAAAGUCAUAGAUUUCUAUUUGUCUCGAGUGGUUUUUCCCAAGGAAGCCAAGGGAUUCCCCAAUAAACUCACCUGCUCCGGGUGGGAUCUCGCCCAAGAGAAGGGACAUGUUACAACCGGCUUUUCUGGAACAAACGACAAUCGCUAUUUGCUACCAAGUUCGAUUGUGCAGCACGACCUCGACUACCAACGCAGCACGAAUGCCCGAGUCCUGACAUUCCUUCUGCGCCCGGAGAAUAAUUGCUACACAUGCAUACCACCCGGCCAAAAUGCGAAACAAUUCAUCAAUACCUUGAUCGCACAGACCCCCGAGGUUCGCGUGCUCCUCGACGUGGGAGCGCAGAUGCUGGAAUUGAGGAACCAAGAAUUGGCUGAAGCAUGGCUUCGAGUCAAGGACGACGCCCAAGCUGCAGUCUUUGUGAAUGACGAUGAUGAACUUGUGGUUGUCGGUAGGGAUGGGACAGUAGAGCCUCUUGUGUCAUCCCCCUUUGCCCAGCAGCUUGACCAGUGCUUGAUAUAUCUGGAUGACGCGCACACUAGGGGAACGGAUGUCAAACUGCCUUCCAAUUUCCGAGCUGCUGUCACGCUUGGUCCCAAAGUCACAAAAGACCGCCUGGCGCAAGGAUGCAUGCGAAUGCGAAAGCUGGGCAAUGGGCAAUCAGUAAUGUUCUUCGCUCCGACGGAGGUGGACCGGAGCAUUCGUUCGGCGACCCAGAAAGUUGAUACUGAUGGUGUCGAUGUGGCAGACAUCCUUCACUGGACGAUGCUCGAAACCUGUAUUGAUAUCCAGAUGCGUGCAUUUCCCUGGGCCCAACAAGGAUCGGAUUUUAAGACACGACAUUCCGCAUGGACUCAAUUUUCGCGCGCCCCCACUACUUCGGUUCCCGCCCUGAAGACAGCCUGGUUACAGCCGGAGGAGCGUCCAUUAGAGGAUAUGUACGCACCAUGCAGUUCCUCACCGGUAUCCCAGGUUUGCGAUCCAUACAUUCAAAGGAAGUACAAGGAGCUCGGAGUUGAAGCGGGACACACAAGGGGCAUGGAUGAGGAACAAGAAAGGGAGGUAGUCCACGAGGUAGAGAGAGAACGUCAAAUUCAAAGACCGCCCAAAGUAAAACCUGCAGCUCAAGACUUGCAUAUGGACGUUCGCCGAUUCGUCCAGACCGGUCGAAUUCCUCCAGGGUCCCCCGCAUUUAUUCCAAUGAUAUCCAGCCUUGUCAACACUACUGCUGAAUUUCAUGAAGGCGAUCAAUGGGGGCACGAUGUUAAAGUCACUCGUGACUUCGCUCGUACUGUGGGGACUCUCUUUUCCAUCGAGAAAGCGGAUGAUUACCUGCGGCCUGUCAAUUGGAUCGUAUCCAGUAACUCUGGAGUGCUGGUAGUCAUGAGCCCGAACGAAGUGGACACACUGCUGCCUCAUAUCCGCACCAGCAAUGUAGUUCACUUGUGCGUCUAUACUCCUCGCACCACAAAGACGAUGCAGGCGUGUGAUGACCUUCGCCUCUACUGUGUUCCUUCGACGCCACAGCGGACAUCAUCGGAAUCGCUGAUUGGCCAGCUCAACCUUUUUUCUGGCCAGCUCUAUUUCUCCAGUUACAAGAUGUAUCUCCGCACUUGCAGUUUCUUAGGGCUCAACGCACCGGAUCUAGGGGACGAACACUUGAUAGCCGACAGCGACGGGUUCAUCAGCGAGGAGAAUCGCCCUUCUGCGAGAGCAUCGUGCUCGUUCAAGCAAUCCCAGCUUCCUCCACUGAAGGAGUUGUUUGGAAUGAGGAGGAAAGGCAUGGGGUAUCUGCCGACUCACCUCGGAAAGAUGCUGAAUGGCCGGAUUCUGACUGAAGAGGAUUUUAUCGACUGAGCGCCGG